UUUUAUUAAUUUCAGUUAAUAUUACUAUUUAUAUAUUUGUAUUGGAGGAUUGUACCCCAAAAUGAGUGUGAGGACUCCAGGCAAUCCCAUUGUGUUUUUUGAUAUUUCUAUUGGUGGCCAGGAUGUAGGUCGAAUGAAAAUGGAGUUAUUCAAAGAUGUCGUGCCAAAUACUGCGGAAAAUUUUAGACAAUUUUGUACAGGAGAAUACAAAGUAGAUGGGAUUCCUAUCGGUUACAAAGGAGCAACUUUUCAUCGAAUUAUUAAAGAUUUCAUGGUUCAGGGAGGUGAUUUUGUAAAGGGAGAUGGGACAGGCCUCACAAGCAUAUAUAAUGGCAUAAAAUUUGCAGAUGAAAAUUUUAAAGAAAAGCAUACAGGACCAGGAUUGCUAUCAAUGGCCAACAGCGGACCUAAUACAAAUGGAUGUCAGUUCUUUAUUACUUGUGCGAACUGUGAGUUCCUUGACAAAAAGCAUGUAGUAUUUGGUAAAUUAUUGACUGAAGGGUUGCUAGUUAUGAGAAAGAUAGAAAAUACUCCAGUCGGUGCGAACAACCGACCAAAGUUGCCUGUCGUAGUAACACAAUGUGGAGAAUACUGAGCGGCGAAUUCUUUCUACGGAAUGUUUUAAGGAAACAUGCUCGUAAUGCGUGACUACAGAACUUUGACAGCAGUGUUCUUCCGGAAAAAUAUCUUUGCAAAGUAUGAUUAUGGGACCUUAUCUACUCCAUAUUGAAGAUCAUGCUCAUGAUAUGUGACUGCAAAAAUUAGACACUAACUUUUUGUCAGCAAAUUUGCUCGUAGUGCGUAACAGAAGAUCUGAAGUUGCACAAAUCAAUCAUAUAGGAGUAAAUUUUGACAAUAGAAAUAUUGCUCGCUACUAAGGAUCUAGCUAAAAAAUGAUUUUUAUAAAAUUUUACUCAUUAAAAUAUGGCUUUUUCAUUA